UCCAGAAUUACUAUAACCCACUCAUAUUAGCCAUACAGUCACAUACCAAGUACACCUGCUUUCGUAGACGAUCACCAUGAGGCUCAACGAGAAUACUGUCCUCUUCGGAGAUCGAGUCAUCCUUGUCCCAUACCGCGCUGAACAUGUCCCUACAUAUCAUGAAUGGAUGAAAUCUUCAGAAUUACUUGAGCUCACAGCUUCUGAACCGUUAAGCUACGAGGAAGAGCUCGAUAUGCAGCGAAAGUGGCAUAUUGAUGAAGAUAAAUUGACAUUCAUCCUCCUCGAACGACCGUCCUCCCUUCCCCCUACAGCGGAGCAAAAUCAGAAAGUGAUCCUCCCACCAUCAUGUCUUGCUCGGUGUCGGAUGGUAGGCGACGUAAAUCUUUUCCUUCCGGAGGGUCUCGAAGGCGAUGGGGAAUGUGAGAUUAUGAUUGCGUCAAAAGACGAUCGAAGAAAACGAUUUGCCAUCGAAGCUCUCUCCCUUUUCCUCGCAUACUUAACAACGGCUCUUCCUUUCCCACCCACACACCUUAUAGCAAGAAUAGGAGCCUCCAACCUCCCAUCCAUCCAUCUGUUCAGAAAGCUCGGUUUUGGGGUUGUCAAGCAUGUCCAAGUCUUUGACGAAAUGGAAUUGAGAUGGGGCGCAAAGGAUGUGGAGUGUCUGAGUUUAGAAGGGUUAGAUGAAGUGACAACGGUGGAUUGGAGGGAGACAAGUUUACAGGGUAGAAUAGGGGUCUAUGAUGCCUAAUUAUGUUAUGUGACUAGGACAUCUAACGAUUCGCUUGUCGGUUAGUAAUAUGUAAGCAUCCUCCUGC